AUGGCUUCGGAAACACUUGUGGCUCCCCCCCAGACCGUCCCCACGACCAACCUCCGUCUCUCCUCCGGAAACGGGCCAAUCACACUCAAGAUCCUCUCAACGCCUCUUCGGGAUGCGUCACCGUCCGAAAUCCCCCUGAUUGAUAUUGGGCCGCUAUUUAGCUCGGCUUUGGCAGACCGACAGUCGGUUGCCCGCCAGAUCCAUGCCGCAGCCACCCACAACGGCUUCUUCUACAUCUCCAACCACAAUGUCCCUUCUUCUGUUACAGACGAGGCCUACAAAGCCUGUCUUGACUUUUUCCGGCAGGAUGGGGAGAUGAAGCUGCGUGCAGACUCUAGCCAGAGUACCUACUUCAACGGGUACAAGGGCGCAGGUAGCCAGCGCAUCAACCCUACCGAGGGCGUUGAUGUCCGGGAGACCUUCUCGUGGACGUACGACCCGAGAUUUGAUCCCGCUGUCGAUGACCCAGCUGCCAUCCCGGCACAUGCGGCCAAGUACAUCCGCUCCGAAGACUUUCCGUGGGAGGCUACAGCGAACAUGCCACAAUUUAAGGCCUCUAUCGUGCGCUACUUCGAGUCCUGCCUCUUGCUGGCCAGGGCACUGACUCGUGCGUUUGCUUUGUCUUUGGACCUCCCUGAGAAUUAUUUCGAUGAAAAAGUGCGGUAUCCAGACGCUGCUUUCGCCUUCAACUAUUAUCCUCCCAUUGAGAAUCCUGUCAAGGUCGGCCCUGACCAACAGGUGUCGAUCGGGUCUCAUACUGACUUUCAGCUCUUCACCAUCCUGUGGCAGGAUACGGUUGGUGGCUUGCAGGUGUUGAAUCGAGAUGGACAAUGGCUUCGAGCCGCACCCGUCAGCGACACUUUUGUGGUCAACAUUGGCGACUACCUGCAGCGCAUCACCAACGAUCGUUAUGUUAGUACCGUGCAUCGCGCACAGAACUGGAGUGGCCGUGAGCGGGUGAGCAUGCCUUUCUUCUGGGGAUUUGGUCUUCAUGAGAGUUGUGGAGUGGUUGAAAGCUGCAUCGGGCCAGAGGGGAGUAAGUACGAAGAGAUUGGGUGUGAGGAGUGGGUGCAAAAGCGGGUGAGAGACAUGCUCACAGUGGAGGAUGAAGUUACCAAGAAGGCCUAG